AUGGCAACCCCGGAUGAGACGUCUUCUUUAACCGGAGCAGACACUGGCGCCGACACAUCCGACGAUGAGGUCGUUGAAUCCCUGGUCGCUGGUCGACAGAAACGAAGUACAGCCGGGAGGAACAUGUCGUCUUUACUCGAUGCCGCUGCCGACGAUGAUUUAACGCUUCUGUUUGCCGAAGAUGAGAACGACGACGAGUUUGAUGAGGAAGAAGGAGCCGACGGGGAAUUUGAUGACAUGCGUUUAGAUUCUUCGUCUGAAGACGAGGACGACCAGGGACCGAACGCGGCGGAUGACGACCUGGAAGGGGAGAAAGAGCUGGAAAAACAAGCGAGAGUCGAACGGAAAAAGCGCAAAGCUCAGGAGUCUCUAAGGCUUACGGCUCUGCGGAAGAAAGUGAAGAUUGAUUCACCUUCCUUGUCGAGUACAUCUGCUACUACACCGCGUCCGAAGAAAAAGUCUGAACGGGUCUCGUGGCUACCGACGCCCGAAGAGGGACCGGUUCGAUCGUCUUCCCGUCGCCAAACUAUGCAGAACAAAGAACUUACGCAUGCUAGGCUAAAGGACAGUGAACAAAGACGAAUUAAGCUUAUUGCAAAUAUGGAGGAAGCCGCCAAGAGGAAGCAAAGAUUGAAACCCAAAGUCAUGACACAGGAGGAACGAUUAGCCGAAGCAGCAAAGAUUGAGCGAUUAAAUAGUAAAAGCCUGAAUCGGUGGGAGGAAAUGGAGAAACGAAAGGCUGAGGAACGCAAGGCUAAGCUUGAGGCUCUCCAGAACCGCCGUCUUGAAGGACCUGUUAUGUCGUGGUGGAGUGGGAUUGCCAAGUGGGUUAAUGGGAAAUUGGUGCGUGUGGGCAAUGUCGAAGUUCAACCGAAAUCUGAAGAGAAGGAACCUGAGCGGAAGAAGAAGGCGAAGGAUACGUCGCAGGAGGCGGUCAAGGCGGAAUCUCUCCAUCCGACGAGUUUAAUUCAAGAGAAUACAGCUACGGUUGUUAAUGGGGAAACCGCAUCUGCACUACCAAACAAGAUCAGCACGCAGGCACAACAAAACGUGACAGUGACGAGCCCUCAAGGAUUUCUUGACGGCACCCAUCAGCAUGCGUCUGUACCGACAACACCGGCACCGGAGAAAUCAGAGCCAGAGGUUGAGGCUCUCCCGGAAUCAGCGCGCGUUGAAGGGACUACGAGUGGGAAGACUGCUGAGGGCUCGAAGCUCGAGAAUAAACCAGAGACCAAAGAUAAAGAAAAGUCUGUGGCGGAUGAACCGGCUGUGGACGGCAAAGAGCAGGACACAGGCGAUACCCUAAGCAAAACUGCGCCAGAGGGUAGUUCUACAAUUGCCGAUGAAGCGCCCAAGUCGGAAACAAAGUCAAUACCAAAUGCAUCUGAAGCAGCGGAUUCUACGGCAGCAGAGACAGACAAGCCGGUGGAGACAAAGACUACCACAGAGCCAGCAGAACAAGACACAUCAACUAUCGCACAAACGGAUAGUGUCGACAACCCCGAUAUUGAACCUGCUACGAUACCUGCUACGCCUCUUCAGGAAAAUACUGAACAAGCCGAUGUGUCGAUGCAAGACGUUCCUGGCCCGACCGAAGCCCACCAGCCCACGGCCGUGGCCGAGCCGACAAUAAGCGAGAUUGAAGCUGCAAUGCGGCCCGAACAAGUCGAACAAACGGGCCGAAAUCUACUCGUCCUAGAGAACUUUGACAACGCCACCAUACAAAGCCGCGAGUAUAGUAUAUAUUUCAACGCCAAAAAACCACCUCGUUUGGCUAAAAUAUCACAGCACCUCUGCCCAAUAACAUCACAACUGUCCCGCUACCGUGACCCAGACACGGGCCUCCCCUUUGCAAACGUCGUUGGGUAUCGAGAAAUUCGCAAUCUGACCGAACAAAAGUACGCAUGGAGCGGUAUGCUUGGAUGUUAUGUCGGUAGUGCAACGGUAGCGGCGAAUGGUGUUCCGGAACAGUUUAUUACAGGGGUGAAGCCGGAUAGGAAAGCUGAGUCGACUAUUGAUGUUGAUAAAUGUAGGAGCAACGGUGAAGCUAUGGAGGUGGACGGUUCAUGA